AUUACGGUUUUCCUCCGAACUUUUCUUAAGAACGUGAACGUUUUAAGAACUUUAUUUUACCUAAAUUAACCGGUUUAUUUGACGAACGGCGGUAAACGCGUUGCAACUUGUAUGGAUCGUGGUAGGUACUUUAAGAUAUUUCUUUUCAUUCGAUUUGUGCGUGACUUCGUAGGUAGACGUGUGCUGAGCAAAGGGAUUUUGUCACCUGUUUAUAUUAUUUGUGUUUAAAAUGGGUAGAAAGAAGACGAAUUUAAUUUAUACAUACUUUGAUUACAAUGAAAACAAUAAAACUUCAAAGUGUCUAAUAGAAAACUGUGAACAAGUUUUACGGGGAAAUCAUGGUGCUAAUUUAUUGAGACAUUUCUACACACAACACAGACAGCUGCACGACAAAAUCCUUCACGAGAAUAAAAAGAAUAAAGAAAAUGUACCACCGAAAAAAGAUGACAACCAUAUGAAAGUAAUGAAGCAUUGUUCUAAAUUAGUUACGAUUCAUGGUCGGCCGUUUUCGAUUUUAGAGGAUGACGCUUUUAAAGACUUAAUAUCAUUAAUACCAAAUUCAAAUCCCCUGUCUGUGAAUGUUAAAAACAUUAAAACAAUGAUUGAAAAACAUGCUUAUAAUAUACGCAAGAAUGUCCAUGAUGAGUUAAAGGAUCAACUUAUAUCGUUAAAAAUUGAUGUAGCUUCGGUAAAAUCUAGAAGAUUUCUCGGCAUAAACAUUCAGUAUAUUGCAAAUGGUAAAAUUGUACUAAGAAACCUCAGUGUCCAUGAAUUACAUGAGAGAAACACGGCCGAAUUUCUAAAAGAAACAGUGAUGAUAGUCCUAAGUCGUUUCGGUAUUGAGCUUAAACAAUUAUAUUCCGUAACUUCUGAUAAUGGAGCUAACAUGAUUCGAAUGUCAAAGCAGUUGGAGGAAGAGAUGCAAGAAAAUACAACUGAGGAACAUGACUUCGUUGAAGGCGAGGAUUCUGAGCAUGAGAACGGAUACGAGGUGUGGUUCGCUGAAGCAGGUAACUUAAAUCUAAAUAUUGAUAAUCAAGGCCAAAACAAAUUGACUACAGUGCGUUGUGCAGCUCAUACACUGCAGCUCGCUAUAAGAGAUGCUUGUAGCGAACUUCGUGAUCUUUUAGAACAAUGUCGCCAGAUAGCUCGUGUACUGCGCUCACCAAAUAAUGCUCUUCAGUUAAGAGUUCAGGGCUUACCACAAGCCAUCAUUGAUUGUCCUACGAGAUGGGAUUCUACAGCAGACAUGGUAGAGCGUAUAUUAUUAUUCAAAGAUUUCUUGAGUGGACGCACAGAACCAGUGUUUCAAACUUUUGCCGUAGAAGAUACAUGGCAGAAACUUAAUGAAACUCUUGAUGCUUUAAAACCAUGUCGUAUUCUGUCGAAAACUAUACAACAUGAGCAAUUGACAUUUGGAGAUUUCUAUCUUGCCUGGCUUAAAUGUAUCCUAGAAAUAGAAAAUAUAAACACAGUUUUUGCCAUAUUUUUAGUCAUUUGUAUGAGGGAAAGAGAGAAAACUCUUCUUGAAAAUGAAUGUUUUCUGGGUGCAAUUUAUCUAGAUCCGAGAGUAAAUUCAAUGUUGUCAAAUCAACAGCUGGAAUUAGCUCGUGCCCAUUUAGUCCAAACAUAUCAAAGAUAUUUAAGGUUAAAUUCGACCGUUAGUGUAAGAGAAACAGAAAAUGAAACUCCAGAUGAUCCCAUACCAUCAACUUCAUCCUCCAUCCUUGACAUUUUUUUGCAAACGCAGUUCAGGCAACGAUAUCAAGAUUUACCGCAUUUAAAUCAUAAUGAUAAUUUGCAAAUUAGUUUGCUUGCUUUUCUUAAUGAACCGUUGCUUCCUUCUAAUACAAAUAUUUUAAAUUAUUGGGAAUCAAAGAAGAUUACUGAUCCACAAUUAUACUUGAUUUCUAAAAUUGCCUUGGCUACACCAGCAACACAGGUUAGUGUGGAGAGGCUAUUCUCAUCUUUAAAAUUUAUAAUGAAUAACUUAAGAAUAUCGUUAAAGGAUACAACCAUUGACGACAUUUUAAUUGUUAGAAAUAACCAUUUGUAUCAUUUGUGUCAGUAAUAAAAUUAUUAUUUUAAUUUGACAAAACUGAUUAACUAAUUGUGCUUUUGUUCAGUUAAUUUUUAGAGUAUUUUUUAGUUACAGGACUUCGAAUAUGUCAACAAAAUAACAUUUUCAUGUUGUCCUAAACAAUGUUCUUUUUUACUACUUAAAAAAAUAAGAAUCAUUAAUUUUAAGAUUUUUAAGACUGAUUUAGCCAAAUAUUUUACUUUGUUCAUUAUAUUUCCUAAUUCUGACUAGUUCAAACGUUGAACUAAUCGGUGUGCUGAGUGUGAGUUGUUUUACGCUAACGCGAUCGACGCGUUUAUGACGUUCGGCACUCCGAUUGGCCUGCUCCAAGAUCUUAUCCAAUCAGAGAGCCGAACCCGCUAAACGUCACGAUCACGUUAACGAAACAACUCACACUAGCACACAAUUUCCAAAUCAAUGGCUUAAUUAUUAGUUUCGAAAAAUGUAUCUGCUCAACAACGUAAGUAACGCAAUUAAUGUUGUUGAGUUGUCGAAAUGAUUAGUUGUGAACACGGUGAUUAGUUGUGUGUUAUGCAAUUAGGGUGCGGUUGAACUAGUGUAUACCUACCUACAUUUUUUUUAACUAAACUACCUAAUUGUACUUACAUAUAUAAUAAUAUGUAAACGACAAGACGAUUAAAUAUCUGAU